AUGUUGCAACAAAAUCGAUAUUUAAAUGUGCUUAGAGAACUGAGAUGUAACUGUUUUAAAAAUUGUCAUAAACUUCGUAAUAUUAAUAUACCAUAUAGUGUGCAAAUGUUAGAAGAUUACUGUUUUGCUAAUUGUUCAAAGUUAGAUAUAAUUGAAUUGCCAAAAGAACUGAUGGAAAUUGGCGCAUAUUGUUUUGCAAAUGACAUUAGUUUGACUGGAGUAGUAGUUCCAUCAAAAACAACUAAAAUUGGCGAUUCAGCUUUCGAAAGAUGUGAACGUCUUUCUUUUUUUAGUGCACCAGAAAAUAUUGAUUUGGGUAAUAAUAUUCUUAUGGAUUGCAAAUCAAUCGAAAGUUUAACGCAAUACAAGAAAUAA